AUGUCGUCAGAUGCAUGGGCUGACUUUGAGACUCUUCGGCAUGGCAUAAGGAACAACACGGUCGACAGAUUGAAACAGAUUUUAGCUGGGUUCAAUGACGAGUGUGGCACACAUUUUGCGAAGUCGGGGAAAAAGCAGGACCUCAUAGACCGGAUUGUUGUGAACAUGGACCAAUGGCAAGCCAAUAGUGCGGAGGAUAAAUGGUUGAAAGCGAAGGCAGUCAUCUAUCAAGUGCGGAAUACGGGAACAUAUACACACUCUCAUCGCAUUCCAGCAUUGACGGCCCCCAUCCCUACUUCCACAUCUCACUCGACGUACGAUCCUCCGAAAGCCAGCUCAUUUGCAACAACGCCUUAUUACGAUGUAUACGCGCCACCCCGAAGACCUGGAACUUCUGCACAGGCGCCAUCCGCAUCUACCUCGAGCGCUAAACCUCAAAUCAUCCGCUUCAAGGAGUCGCCUUUUUUCAUGGUUGACCAAAUAGUGAGCCAAGUGAUGGAGUGUCCGGAAUCCACAAGCGCGACGGACCGCCGGUCACAAAACAUCAACUGGAAUAUGUCUUCCGACGUUAUGGAGAAGCUGAAGGCACCUGGGAACAAGUAUCAACUGCGAUUAUUUAGCACAUCCUCUAUUUUCUUUGCCGGUACCAACACGUUCAGGACCAACCUCCUUCCGUGUCCGAUUGAAUUUCCCCCUACAUGUGAAGUCCGCGUGAACAACGUCCAAAUAACAGCGAAUCUCAAGGGGUUGAAGAAAAAACCCGGAACUGCUCCCCCACCAGAUAUCACCAAACUUUGUCGGAUAACGGGAUCGAAUAGGGUAGAAAUGGUGUAUGUGAAUAGCCAGCAACCCGUACAGUCCAAAAAAUACUACAUCGUUGUUAUCCUGGUUGAAACGACGACCAUCGACGCUCUCGUUGAAAAUCUCAAAACGCAACAUCGUCGCAGUGCCCAAGAUAUCCAACAGAAAAUGCGUCAAGCUCUUUCAGACGACGACGAUAUCAUUGCCGGGCCACAGAAGAUGUCUUUGAAGUGUCCUCUGACAUUCGUCCGGAUAUCUACGCCUUGUCGUUCAUUUAAAUGCGUUCAUCCUCAAUGUUUCGACGCGACUUCUUGGUUCACGAUGAUGGAGCAAACCACAACUUGGCUUUGUCCUGUAUGCGAGCGAAUACUGGAUCAUAGAGACCUUAUUCUCGACGGCUACUUCGAGGAGAUACUACAACAAACACCUGAGAGUGUAGAAGAUGUUAUGGUCGAAGCCGAUGGCCAAUGGCACACUACGGACAACAAGUAUGGAUCAGCCGAAUGGAAAGCCGCACAUACACCGCCGGUUCCCGUCAGGAAAGCACCACCGGAACCUGAAAUCGCUUCCCGAGUAGCAGCUACCCUCAAUGGCACUGGACAAACCAACGGGAAGGGAAAGGCACCCGACGUCGAAAUCUUCGUGCUCGAUUCUGACGAGGACGAAGAGGAGGGACGUGUGAAACGAGAACUGUCGCCGUCCUACGCAUCGUCUGCGAGGGAAUCCUUCGACGGCCACUUGCCCGGAACACGAAGCGACUCGCAAUCUAUAAGCGGGCAAGUUAUCGACCUAACAUUGGACAGCUCUGACGAGGACGACCAACCGGUCUCAGCGAAUGUGUAUGGUAAACGUAAAGCCGCAGACGCAGAACUUGAUAGCAUUGCGGUAGCCGAGCCUAUAUGGAAAAAGGGGAAGAUUGAUCCUUCGUCCCGAAUUCUGCCUGCUCCGCGAGGCGGCUUAGGCGUGGCACCGCUCCAAUUGCAUACACCGCCGUUGAGUAGCGGCACUCCGACGUCCGGCCCCCUUGGAAGUCGAUAUACGUCGUCCUUUCAGAAUAACACUCUUCCACCACCUACUGCCUUUUACAGCAGAGGCGGUCCGCCGAAUGCAUCGUUGCAACUCCCGCCUCUUCCCACCACAUUCACCCCGAGGUCAGCGUCGCAGAAUCCGCGCUGGCCCGCAUAG